AUGCUAGAUAUUAAAAACAAUGGUAAAUUAGUCAUAAAAGUUAUAGAUUUCGGGUUAUCAAGAGAAAUUGGAGAUCCAACUAAAAAAAUAAUAGGAACCCACAUCCCACCGAUUAUUUUUAAAGUUUUAUUUAAAAAAAAUUUCAAGUGUAACCCCUCUAUUGAUUUGUGGUGCGUUGGAUGUUUUGCAAUGGAGUUGCUUGGCCUACCUAUUCUACCGGAACAACUAUACACUAACCAUAGGGAAUCUAUAAAAGAUAUAGAUUCAAAUAUUUUAAAAAACUUUAUUUCAAAAUGCCUAAUUAGUAUAAAAAAUGGAUAUAAAAUAGAAUUUUUAAAACAGCAUCCUUUCCUUUUUAAAUAUAAUAAAAAAAUAGAUUUCAAGACUGUAGUUAACAGAUACUUCCAAUUACUAAAGAAUUUACCAAUUGAGAGAUACAGCCCAAUCGAGGUUACAGAUAUGGAUAGGUUGCAGUCGGGAAUAAUUGAAAAUGCAAUCGGAAUUAAAUAUAUUGGUGAUAACUUUAACUUUAAACCAUCACAUAAUUUCAAAAAAUUAAAACUUUUAUCUAUCCAGGGUAACAAUACUGCCAAUGAUGAGCUUUUUUACCAAUACCUGUAUAAUAAAUUAAAAAUAUUUAUAUACAAUGGCAUAUUUAAAGAUGCUAUAAUGAUAAAUGGGUUAAAUAAUAUGAAUAAAUUAAAAUGUGUAAUAUUAAAUCAAUAUGACAAACCCAUAGAGUCUUGUACCAUACCUAGCAAUGUGUCGUUUCUUCAACUUGGCUACUACUCCGAUAUAAUUUCCAUAGAAUCAUUUCAAUACUUACCAGAAUUAUUAGAAGAGUUUGCAUUUGAUUGUGAUGAAAAAAUAAUACCAACUAUAAAAAAAGAAUUUUUUCCCCAAGAUAUAUCAUUUUUAUAUAUUAAUAAUAAAUUAUAUGAAUUUGGAAAUAAUAACCAUUUAAAUGAAACAAUGGCUUUUUCCUAA